UCGUGUCGGAUGUUGAUCGCUCCGUGUUUUUCGGUUCUUCAGGGGGAAUUCUUGUGCCAAGCCAAAAGGCAGUGAAAUAAAUCUUGUAUGUGAUCCAAAAAUAACGCCAGAAAAUAUCUGCAAAAGGGGGACAAAAACAGAGCGCGUGCCAAGUGCUCGAGUGAAAAUGUUUACGCGCAGAAGAGGCUCCAAAGUUAAUCAGUUCGAAGAAGUAAAGUCGUCGCACUGUGAUUUAUUUUAGGACGAAACUUUUGGUGCAAAUGAAAUUAAAUACAGAAAGGAGCUGGACAAAGAAGCAGGCCAAAAACAGCGAGUAAAUAAACUGUCGAAACUAUUAAAGGCGCUCAAAGAGAAUCCAUGUAAAUACAGCGUCCAGAAAAUGUGAGCAAUUUGGUUUCACGCAACAAAGAAGGAAAACAGGAAACAGUUGGGGAAAAGAACAAUUAACCAAACAGGAAAAGCCAGCACGAGCGGAAUGUAAAAAGUUUGGACCGAGUGGGCAGUGCAAGACCGAAAUUAAUAUCAAAAUAUCACAAAAGGCAGCAGGAAAAGCAGCAGUCCAGGUCCCGAAGGCGGAGAACAAAGCCAUGAAGUUUCGUUUGGCAGCAUUUUGGCUAUUUCUGCUGACAGUUGGCGGCAAUCACAAGCUAUUAAGCCACGUUCCCCCAAUGGGCGUGGCAGCCGAAAAGCAGCCGUUGCACAAAGGAAAUGAGCUGGAAAACGCAAUGAAGUUGCGUGAAACCCCGAAGCAAUCGCGGGUUAUCGGGGACAUCACGACGACAAUUCAGCCGGACUCGGAUCCGGGACGAUCAAUUGGCCAUCAGACGGUUCGACGUGCCAAGGCCCCGCCGCCCAGCUUGGAGCUGCAUUUCAGGGAGAGUCUGAACAAGCUUUUCGCCGGUGAUGAAACUAACCACGUGGACCAAACCAAUGCCACUGGCAACACGGUUGCCACGGUCGCAGCUUUGGCCACCGAUGAAGGCCGCGGCGAACACGAGCCAACGACCACUCAUCACCCGGAAAGGCGACACGUGGUCCCCGAUAAGCUGCAGUACACCCAGGAGAUCCAUGUGAAGCAGGGCCGGCUCAUGGGCAUCACGCGUCGCUUCCAGGUGACCAGCGGACUGCGCCAGGUUGACCAGUUCCUGGGGCUUCCCUACGCGGAGGCGCCCACCGGAAAUCGGCGCUUCAUGCCACCGGGUGCCCCUCUGCCCUGGCAGGGCUUGAAGAUAGCGCGGCAUCUUCCGCCCGUGUGUCCGCAGAAGCUACCUGACCUCUCGCCCCUCGGCAGUGAAAAUAUGUCCCGGGCUCGUCACAAACACCUGAGUCGCCUGCUUCCUUACUUGCGGACGGAGAGCGAGGACUGCUUGUAUCUCAAUCUGUAUGUGCCACAUGAAGAGCCUCAAAGCACACCCAAGCAAUAUGCGGUGCUGGUUUAUCUGCACGGCGAGUCCUUCGAGUGGAACAGUGGCAAUGCCUACGAUGGCUCCGUCUUGUCCAGCUAUGGAGAGGUGAUUGUGGUCACCGUCAACUACCGACUGGGAGUGUUGGGAUUCUUGCGGCCGAGCAUCGAUGCCCAUAAUAUAGCGAACUACGCCCUGCUCGACCAGAUUGCGGCGUUACACUGGAUCAAGGAAAACAUCGAAGCCUUCGGCGGGGACAAUUCGCGUGUCACUUUAAUGGGACACAGUACGGGGGCGGCGUGUGUCAAUUACCUAAUGGUAUCGCCGGUGGCCUCAGGCCUCUUCCACAGAGCCAUCCUCAUGUCCGGAUCCGCGAUGUCCGACUGGGCCGCCAGCAAUCAGUCCCUGCAAUUGACCAUGCAAAUCGCCCAUGCCCUCGAAUGUCCGCUCAACGAGCACGUGGAGGCUGAGGACGACGAUGUCCUGCUCGAUUGUUUACGCCAUCGUCGCUACCAGGAUAUCUUGCACAUACCAACGGCGCUCACACAAUUUUCAACAUCAUUGGGUCCAAUUGUCGAUGGACAUGUAAUACCAAAUCAACCGUACAAGGUCAUGGGGCAUUAUACGGAGCACUUCAGCCGUUAUGAUUUAUUAUUCGGCAUCACGGAGUCAGAAUCCUAUCACACACUGGCCGCAUUAGCACUCGAGGAAGGAUUACGUGAAAAUGAACGCGAUAAUUUAUUGCGCUUCUAUAUGCAGAGCCGCUUCGACGUACGCCCCGAUUUGGCAUUGGCUGCCACGCUGAAGAAAUACCAGGACAUGUACAACAAUCCGAUUAAGGCCACUAAUUUGGAGCACCGUGACGUGGUCCUGGACAUACUGUCUGAUGCCCGCGUGGUCGGCCCACUCCUGCAAACCGGGAUGUUCCACGCGGAUGUCAAUCGGCGCAAUUAUAUGUACGUAUUUGGCCAUAACAGCGCGACAGGACCGUUUGCCCACCUACCGCAUAGCAUUAUGGGCGAGGAAUUGGCGUUUAUCUUCGGGGCUCCUUUGGCCGCCGCAGGUCCCUUUCCCAGCGGCAACUACACGGUGCAGGAAAAGCUGCUUUCCGAGGCGGUAAUGGCAUAUUGGACGAAUUUCGUAAAGACCGGAAAUCCAAAAGCACCAUGGAAGGGCAUCUUCCUCAACUCACACGCCCUGGAGUGGGAUCGCUAUGACCUGGAUUGGCCGGAAUUCAACAGGAGGGCUCAGGCAUACCUCAAUAUUGGCAUUCCGCCAACGGUGGGCUACAAGUAUCGCCAGAUUUAUAUGAAUUUCUGGAACAAAGAGCUCCCGGACGAACUCAACCAGAUAGCGGCCAUCCAGGAGCAGCUCCAGAAGCCGGGUCAAGAAGUGAUUACCGGUCACAUGAGCAAGUACGGGCCGAGGGACCACGGAGCGGAGGACCCUGUGAGGACAUUAAAGCUGCUCCUCCAGGAACCCAGUCUAGCUGGACCAACACAGAGUGGCGAAUCCACCGAAACAGCGGCGGAAAAUAUGUACAAUGCUCCUCCCACCUUCGGUCAUGUGCACAAGAUGCAGGGUGGUAGGGAUUUCGAGGACCUGGUGACCUCCACAAACCCACUGGAGAGCGGGGAGGAUCAGCAUCAGCCGCCUCCUGAAACAGUGGCCAAAUCCGAGGCCACGAUGCAACUUCUGAUCGCCCUAAUUACCAUUAUAAUAGUUCUCAAUCUCCUGAUUUACGGAACCUUUUUGUUGCGACAGCGCCGUCGAAGGGCCAAGGCCCUACCAUUCCCGGCACCUAAACUGGGCGGCACCAUCCUCAGCUACGAUGGAGCCAACGAUGAGGAACUGAAGAGGUGCAGCAAGUCCCGAGACGGAGAUGAAAGCAUCGUUCUGGAGAUGACAAGGAAAUCAAAUACAUAUGAGGCCAUCAAGACAGGCCAGAGAUCGCUGAGUUGCUCUACAGUAGACACCCAUACUAAAGUCUGUGAGUGGAUGUCCAGUCAGGAAGCUCCGAAGUCGGGCAGCUUCAACACGGCCACUCCGCCUCCACAACCGACUUUAUCCGAUGGCAGGCUGAUCAUAUGCCAGGACAUAGAGGUGGCCGACGCAGCUCUACUCAUCCCCCAACACAUGCACGAGCCGCAGCACUAUGAGAUGCUCCUGCAGAGACAACAUUCGGCCCUAACCGAACCGAGUGAAGACAUCCUGCAACAGCAAUAUCCCCUGAGGAACCACGCCCAUUCCCAUUCGGAUCCUGUGGACAUGAUCCUGGCUGCUGAUGAGCAGGUUACCAGCUUUGUUCAUGCCGACGAUGUGGAUAUCAAUGUGACGAGUAGAGACGACUCCGAUGGUCUGGAGGUUAUACCCUUGACGGCUGCUCAGCAAUUGGAGCUUUUGCGCCAGCGUAAUUACCCCAAGGUCCUGCCCACAGAACAGGAUUUAAUUAACAGCAGCUAUAAGAGAAAUUCCCUGCCGCCACAGAAUUUCAACGCUCCUUUGCCGCCGCCGCGAACCAUUAGCAACACUCUUGGCAGGAGGCGGAGGGAUAGCAGCAACAUAACCACUUCGCCACUCCAAGUGGCCAAGGAUUGUGGAGGCGAGGACGAGGACCUCAAGGUGCCCCAAAUCUCACAGAACACUCUCAUUGUCGGUCCCAUUGUGCCCAAAUCACCCGCCUCCAGUCUUAAGCGAGUGAAGAGAAUGCCGGACUCUCCGGCAAUGACGGCUCUCAGCGGAUCCUUUCAAUCCUUCGAAUCCGUACCGCCGGCCCACGAAACCACGCCCCCUCAGGGAGGCGAGCGGACCGAGUGCAUCUACGCGAUUAGGCCCAGUCAAGGAAGUUGCAGCUGGGCGGCGCCCAAUGGCGAUUUAUACGCGCAGCCCAUGAAAUCGCCCUCGAGGAACUCGCUCAUUCCCAGACCCACAAAGCCGGCGGAGUCUCUGUCCCAAGCAGGAGUUCCGCCAGGAGGACCAGCUGGGGAAUCGCUUGGAGCAACGGGAAUGGCCACAACAAGCCGCAUUCCUCAACUGCAGCGGCAGGCUUCCGGAAAGGAUUUGCAAGCAAGAACGGCAACUGACAACACCGCAAAUCCUUUGGGAUGCCAGCAGCGAACCGAUUCCACAAUAUCAUCGGGCUCGUCGGCAUCCUAUGCCUCGACCACGGACUCCUCCUCCUCCUCGUCCACUGGAACCGUACGCACCGAGCUGCAGCAGUUCCUGCCAGCUCACGGCAGAAGUAUUACAACCAAUAUAUAGAAACUCCAGGGAGCGGCUGCCAAGAAUCAUUCAGGACUUCCCGCCGUGCCCGCAAUGCGGCGACAGACAGCUGCCUGCCAA